CGGACACGUCAGUCGCAUAGCGCGGGCCGCGGUGAGCGAGCGUGCGUCACUUCUGUCGCAGAGAAAACGUCACCGCGUCGACGGGUCGAGUCGAGCGCGUGUGGAAUCCGUUUCAUUGCCCCCCGCCCCGCACCCUGCCACAGCGGAGGGGAAUUUUUUGUGAAUUGUGUGUGAAAAUACACCACAAGCCUGUGCGAGAUGAUAAAGACGACGAUGUACCAGCUGAACCCGGUGCGGCUCAUCGACGAGAUCAAGAAGCGGCCCGGCCUGUACCGCACCGACCAGCCGGCCGACCGCGAGGAGAAGCUGCAGCUGUGGAAGGAGGUCGGCGCCGAGAUCUACGACGACUGGGACAGCUUCAACAAGGCCACCGCUUACGACAGAGUGCUGCAGCUGCAGAGGAAGUGGCGCUCGCUGCGCGACGCGUACAACCGCGAGCUGCGCGCGCGCCGGUCUGUGGCCCGCGGACACCGGCGCGUCUACAUCUACUUCAAGCGGAUGAGCUUCCUCGGCGGCUUCGAGGGCACCGUCAGCGACGAUGAUGAAGAAGGCAACGACAUAAUAUUCGCAAAUUCUCCACUAGAAGAGCCCCCCGAUCCCCUGUACCCGGUUCAGAACAAGGCCCCCAUCAAAAUAAAACGGAAGCGAAGAAAAAAGUCCGCCUCCUCCUGUGACGACCCCCCGCCCGGAGACGAGAUGGAAAUGCCUGUCUUCAAUAUGGAGGUCCCCGAAGAGAGCGAUAGUGACAGACUGUUCCUCAUGUCGUUCCUGCCAGAGAUGAAGCAGCUGCCCGCCAACGUGAAGAUGUGGGCGCGCGCGCAGAUCGCCAACGUCAUGCAGGAGGCGGUCACGUGCCACUUCAACAACUCCUUCCCGGGCAGCAGCGGUGUGGACCGGGGCAGUGCAAUGGGCGGCAGCGGGGUCAUGGGCGGUAGCGGGGUUAUGGGCGGUGGGGUCAUGAGCGCCGGAGUCAUGGGUAGGAGCAGCCCCAUGGUCAAACAGAGGAGGGCCAGCUCGGAGCAGUUCGGUGAUAAUAUAUAGUUUUAUGACAA